CAAAUCCCCCCCCAAAGUAAACUCCGCAGAUCAUCAAACUAACACAUUGGCCGAAGGAAACCGUCCAGGUCAAUAAGCAGAAGGUACGUUCAUGGUUCCCUGUGACGUUCAAAGACCACCGUGGGUUUGGACACUUAAAGAAGCAGUAAGCAGCAUCGGAUUGUCUUGUCAUGGCGAAUACCCCGCCGAACACCUUGACCCCACUUUCCCGGGCUCUGUCUCACCAUAAACUGGACGGGGUCGAAUCCAACGAGGUGGUCUCGCCUCGAAAUGCCCAGGUCCACCCGUGCCGAAGGAGGCAGCUCACGAGCUGCGGGUCGUUCGAUGCCCCCGCCGAUUUGGCCACUUCGCCGAGUGCGGCUGAAGCGCGCGUCUUGGUCAUCAACACGGGAGGCACCAUCGGGAUGACGCUUCUGGACAAUGUCCUUGCACCGAAAGCAAAUGCUUUUGUGCAGAUUUUGCGCAAGCUGCCCAUCCUCCACGAUGAGAUGUACGCACAGCAGACCUGCAUGUAUGACUACUAUGGAUCCGAGCGCACCCUAGUCCUGCCGAUGCUGACCACUCAUUCUGACCAACUGUUCCACAGUUUGAGUAAAAACAAGAAGAGGAUAAUCUACACUAUUAUAGAGUACAGCCCUUUGCUGGACUCUGCCAAUAUGACCACAGAUGACUGGGGAAGAAUUGGAAAGGACAUUGAGAAAAACUAUGAAAGCUAUGAUGGCUUUGUGAUCCUUCACGGCACGGACACAAUGGCCUAUACGGCCUCUGCGCUGUCCUUCAUGUGUGAACAUUUGGGCAAGCCCAUCGUACUCACCGGCUCACAGGUGCCCAUCUAUGAGAUGAGGAAUGACGGCAGAGACAACCUGCUGGGUGCACUGCUCAUCGCCGGCCAGUUUGUCAUUCCUGAAGUGUGCUUGUAUUUCUACAACAAGCUCUAUAGAGGAAAUCGAGUGACCAAAGUGGAUGCUGGGAGUUUCAAUGCAUUCACAUCCCCUAAUUUGGCUCCUCUUGCAACUGCAGAGGUUGAUAUUGCAAUUAACUGGGACACGGUGUGGAGGGCAAACACCACAGUAAAGUUUCAAGUCUCAACUGAGCUCAACCGGAAUGUCGGCCUGCUGAGGCUUUUCCCAGGAAUAACUGCUGCUACUGUGAGGGCCUUCCUGCAGCCACCCAUGGAGGGAGUGGUUCUGGAGACCUAUGGCAGUGGAAACGGCCCAGAUAACCGCUCUGACCUGUUGGAGGAGUUGAAAAAGGCCACCGACUCUGGCGCCAUCAUCAUCAACUGCACACAGUGUCUGAGGGGGACAGUGUCUACAUCCUACGCCACCGGCAAGGUAUUGAUAGAUGCCGGACUGAUAGCUGGUGGUGACAUGACGCCAGAGGCCGCCCUGUCAAAGCUGUCCUAUGUGUUGGCGAAGACGGAUCUUGAUCUAGAUGCCAAGAAAAAGAUGAUGGCUCAGAACCUGCGAGGUGAGAUGACUGCUGACUUGGCCGGCGCCAAGUUUAGUCUGAGUGAUAGUCGAUUCAUCCAGGUCGUUGCCAAGUCUUUGAGCAUUAGCUGCAAAGAGGAGCUGGAGGCCAUCCGUGAUGCUCUGACACCCUCGCUGGCUUGUGCAGCGACAAAGAUUGGUGACAUCGAGGCCUUGGAAACCCUAAAAGAAAUGGACAGUAAUUUGUGUCUGGGUGACUAUGAUGGACGGACCCCUCUGCACAUCGCAGCCUGCGAAGGAAACCUCAAAGUGGUGCAGUACCUGCUGACGGUUGGCGCCACGGUUUACGCAAAAGAUCGUUAUGGCGACACACCCCUGUGCAAUGCUGUACGCUUUAGGCACAAGGAUGUAGUCAAGCUCUUGAGGAAGACAGGAGCCCACUUCUCCCGAGACGAGUUGGAGGAGGCAGGAACAGAACUGUGCAGCCUGGUAGUGAGCGGCGACCUGGAGGGCCUGGAAAUAUGGAGUCUCGCUGGAGCUGAUUUCAAUAAACCAGGCUAUAAUGGACAGACAGCAAUUGAAUUGGCAAAGGCUGUCGGUAAACCAGAAGUGGUGACCUUUAUACUACACAUCCUAAACAAAAAAAAUAAGACAGCAGAAUUGAAUGAGUUUGAUGAAUAUGAUGAGGAGAAUGGCGGUGUGAUCGAGUUCACUGCCUCUGCUGCAGAAAUGUGAGCCCCAGCAACUUCCUCCAUUUGCCGAGUUGUGCCCAUUUCCUCACGCGCCGUCCUCAAGUCCACAAGAAAGCACAGCUUGUUUGAAGCCACGAAUGAUUACAGUGUCUCCGUCCAAUUGUGUUUUAAGCACAACACAGGUUUGAAUCCACAGCCCAGUGGAAUGUUCGCACAAAUUGCAAAUAAAUAUUCAAUGUUGGUGUAAAUCUGUGAGGGUACACGUGAUGCUGCUGUAAGUUAAAAGACUACCAGGCUGAUUUUUAGUUUUAUUAUUACUGACUAUAACAAUAUAAUCAAGUUCAGGGCCUUUUAUUUUUAUACUUAUUUUUAUAAAGACACUGAAGAAAACGAACUUUUCUUGAGGCAUGUGUGCAUCUACUUUGGUCAAAUACCUUCAGGAGUGUCCUGCUGCCAGAACGUGUUAUAAAACUGUAAAGUGACUCUACAGACUGAUCGAGCCUGUUUCUCAGCCCACUGUCGAGCCGGAAGAGUGGCAUAUCUCUCUCGCUGAAAUGGAACUGGCAAUUUCAGUUACAACUUGGUUUCUGUGAUCUUUUCAAUGUAUUUAAAAUGAAAAAAAUCUUUUUCUAUGUUCAGUUAUAUCUCUUCUUUAAUUGUUGGACUUAGGCAAUAACCUCACUGAACGUUUAAUGCCAUUCAAUGAAUUGUUUGUUGUUUGUGAUGAAAAACAAAUUGUCCUACUAUUUCACAACUGAAUGUCUUGCUGCUGUAUUAUUUGUGAUACUGUCUCUGUUUGAAAAAGCAACAGAAAUAAAUCGGAUUAA